AUGGACAUCCUGCUCCGUCAUGCCACAGAUUAUAUCCAUAUGCCUUCCGCCAGGCACGAAAUGGAGGUGCAUCAAGGCUUCCAUGCCAUUGCUUGUAUCCCGCGGAUAAUAGGCCUUGUCGACGGGACACUUAUCCCCAUCGCCAACCCAUCAGCGCUCGGCCAGGCCUUCGUUUGUCAUAAGGGCUUCACGGCCAUCGAUGUCCAGGUGGUGGUGGACCACAGGGGAAUGUUUGCAGAUGUGGUGGCAAAGUGGCCUGGUAGCACACACGACAGCUUUGUGUGGGCCAAUUCAGUGGUGGGUCAAGACACCGAAAGAGGGGUUUUUGGGCAGAGCAUUUUUUUAGGUGACAGCAGCUACCCCCUCCGAACCUAUCUUCUAAGUCCAGUCACCAAUCCAACCACGCAGGCUGAGCACAAUUACAACACUGCACACAUCCGUACCUGCAGCUUGGUGGAGCACUCGGUUGGGCGCUGGAAGAUGCGUAAAUCAGCUGGAGGGUUGCGUAUGAAGCCAGAAAGAUGUGGUGCAGUAGCAGUUGUUACAGCCAUGCUACACAACAUUACAGUCAGUGGAGGUGCAGCUUUGCCAGAAGAGGAGGAAGAAGGUGUCCACAACCCUCCUCAACUAAGAGAUGCCCUACAUGCUGCUGGUGUACAAACGAGGCAGCAAAUCAUUCUCACUGUUUUUGGUUAA